CUAAAGGGAGGAACACAUACUCCCCUCUGCACACCUGUGACUGUGAGCAUCGCCGCUACUCCCCUCUGCACUCCUGCAAGUACUUAGCUCCUCCUUCUGCACUUUAUGGAAAUGGACAGCCGAAGCAAGAGACGACAGAGCAACAGCCAAGAGGAUCUGCUAGACGAUGAAGACAGGAGUCUGGGCUGCGUUGGGUGGACCCUGGUCAUCCUCUCUGCCUUUGUGGCUCUGCUGCCCUGCUUCUGGAUCAUCUCUAUAUUCAUCUGCCCAAAGGUCAUUAAAGAAUAUGAGCGUGCUGUCAUAUUCCGUCUGGGACGUAUUAUAGACAAGAAGCCCAAAGGACCAGGCAUUUUCUUCAUCCUUCCGUGCACUGACUCCUUUGUGAAGGUGGACAUGAGAACGGUCUCCUUUGAUAUCCCUCCCCAGGAGGUCUUAACCAAGGACUCGGUGACGGUGGCGGUAGACGGAGUGGUGUACUUCCGGGUCAGCGACCCCAUCAAGUCCGUCGCUAAUGUGUCCAACGCAGACUUCGCCACCCGGCUGCUGGCCCAGACGACCCUGAGGAACAUGCUCGGAACCAAGAACCUGUCAGAGGUUCUCUCUGACCGUGAGGCCAUUGCCCACGGGAUGCAGGCGUCUCUGGACGAGGCCACAGACUCGUGGGGGAUUAAAGUGGAGCGUGUGGAGAUUAAAGACGUGAAGCUGCCACAACAGCUGCAGAGAGCCAUGGCUGCAGAGGCUGAGGCCACACGCGAGGCCAGGGCAAAGGUGAUCGCGGCAGAGGGAGAGAUGAACGCCUCCCGCGCCCUGAAGGAGGCGUCGCUGGUGAUCGCAGAGUCUCCAUCCGGCCUUCAGCUGCGCUACCUGCAGACUCUGAACACCAUCGCCGCAGAGAAGAACUCCACCAUCAUCUUCCCUCUUCCCAUUGACAUGAUGAGCCAGUUCAUGAACAGGAAGUAGACCACAGACACGGUGGCCAGAUGAGGAAGAGGAUAAAUUGCAAACUUUCUCAUUUUUUCUAAUUGUUGAGAGGAAGUGGAUUUAUAUGACAAAAUAGUUGAUGAGAAACUUGUUUGUUUGCUGCUGUUUUUAAAAUCUGUUUUGAUGUUUCCCUGCGACAUUUGAAUGUCAGUUAUGGUUUAUAGUAAACAUUUCAUACAAUUACUGAUGUCAUGUAUAUAUGUCUAUUGAGAAUGUAUAUAUUGUGAAUAUAUCAGUUAUAAGUUAUAUAUAAGUUAAUCAAAAAUCAUUUCAUGUGUAACGUCUUUCACUGAUAAAGAUAUAUCACUAUCACUAAA